CUCUCUGGCCGUGAGGUUGUGCCCAAAAAUAAGCCGCAAACAAAAUGCGAUAAGUUGCACGAAAAAUAUUAAUUUAAUAGCAAAAACUGCACAAAUAAGUAGAAAAAACACAACAAAAUGUGGAACUGGAGUUUGUUGUGUAUUUUUCUACUAGUGCCAUUGGCAAAUUCCACGGCACCCAUAAGCUUUGAGGCGAAUCCUGAUACCAAACGUCUUUAUGAUGAUCUACUGAGUAAUUAUAAUCGUUUGAUACGACCUGUAGUCAACAAUACGGAAACCUUGACAGUGUGGCUGGGUUUAAAAUUGUCCCAGUUGAUAGAGGUGAAUCUUAAGAAUCAGGUGAUGACCACCAAUUUGUGGGUCAAACAGCGAUGGUUCGACUAUAAGUUACGCUGGGAUCCUGAGGAAUACGGUGGUGUUGAACAACUUUAUGUACCCUCUGAGCAUAUUUGGGUGCCCGAUAUUGUACUUUACAACAACUGGGACGGCAACUAUGAGGUAACAUUAAUGACCAAAGCCACUCUGAAGUACACCGGGGAAGUAUUCUGGGAGCCCCCUGCUAUUUACAAAUCAUCCUGUGAAAUGAAUGUAGAAUAUUUCCCCUAUGAUGAGCAAAUUUGUUUCAUGAAAUUCGGUUCCUGGACCUAUAACGGUGCCCAGGUGGAUUUAAAACAUUUGGAUCAGGUUCCCGGCAGCAACCUUGUGCAAGUGGGAAUCGAUUUAACUGAGUUCUAUUUGUCUGUGGAGUGGGAUAUUCUAGAGGUGCCGGCUACCAAAAAUGAGGAAUAUUAUCCUGAUACUCUAGAACCUUUUUCAGAUAUAACAUUUAAGUUAACUAUGCGACGUAAGACAUUAUUUUAUACGGUUAACUUGAUUGUUCCUUGUGUGGCAUUGACGUUCCUCACGGUGUUGGUGUUUUAUUUGCCAAGCGAUUCGGGCGAGAAGGUUACGUUAUGUAUUUCAAUACUUGUGUCGUUGACCGUGUUUUUCCUGCUCCUGGCCGAAAUUAUUCCCCCCACUUCGUUGGCGGUGCCCUUGCUGGGCAAGUAUCUGCUCUUUACCAUGAUUCUCGUCUCACUGUCCGUUUGGACAACGGUCUGUGUGCUGAAUAUUCACUUCAGAUCCCCCUCCACACACAAUAUGUCGCCGCUGGUGCGAAAACUCUUCUUGCACUUCAUGCCAAAGUUGAUGAUGAUGCGCCGGACCCAGUAUACUUUGCCCGAUUACGACGACUCCACGCCCAGCAACGGAUAUACAAACGAGAUCGAUGUGCGUGACAGCAUCAGCGAUUUUCCGAGUGAAUUUAAGGACAGCCAGGACGGCGCUUACGAUAAUGGCAUGCAGAACUCCGUGGAUUCUGACAAUGUGAUACCGCGCAACUUAACACCCGAAGUGCUACAGGCGUUGCGUGCGGUCAGAUUUAUUGCGCAGCAUAUCAAGGAUGCCGACAAGGAUAACGAGAUUGUCGAGGAUUGGAAAUUCGUUUCGAUGGUCUUGGAUCGCUUUUUCUUAUGGCUUUUCACGCUGUCCUGUGUUUUCGGGACCCUGGCCAUCAUUUGUCAAUCACCAUCGCUGUACGACACCCGGUCACCGAUUGACCGCCAGCUGAGCGAGAUUCCGCUGCGAAAAAACAAUUUCAUGCUGCCGCCGGACAUCGUUCGUCAGGUCCUAACUUAAUUAGGGUCCAGAGGUCUCCACCAUCGAGGAAGACACGCCAAAGUUAACAAUUCUUUUAUGGAGGAACUCAAUCAAAUCAAGUGUUUCCAUGGAAUAUUGCAACGAUUUAUGUUUUAGCGUCUAUCACUCUGCAAUAUUUUAAAACAAACCUAGCAAUAAUGAAUUCAUUAAAUAAAAAAAUAACAAAAAAUUCCAUUACAAAUA